UGCGACACAAUGUUAAAGAGCAGCGCACCCAAACGCACAGGCAUUUAUCGCAUUUGCGGCAACCCAAGCGACUUCAAACUGCAGCUCAAAUUACGCCAUUUGUGCGAGUGGCUGCCAGUGCCAAAAUUUGAAUAUUCCGGCGCCAAUCGGCGCAGCAUUAGCUAUUAUCCAGAGAGUAGUCGAGAGAGUGGCUUCGAUUUUUGCAUCUACGUGCCGUAUGAGGAUCGGAGCGGCAAUAACUAUUACAGCUACUACAACUAUGACAAUUCGGGCAAUAGCUCUGCUCGCAGUCGCAGCAUUAGCAACAUCUCAGUUGCUGCUCAGUCGCAGUCGCAGUCGUUGGAGCCGCCAGUUUUGGAUGCCUUUCAAUCGUGGAAUCGGGAGCUGUGCAAUGGCGCCACUGCCAGUUUGUACAUUGGCUGGCAGCAGAAGCAUUUCAGCCGCGUCGAACUGCAGCGUUAUGCGGACGCGAGCAAGUGCCACACAACAUUGCAGCGACGCUAUCAUCGUUGGACGCAGCAAAUUCUCAAGCUGCAGCAGCAGCAUCAGCAGCACAUGCAGCGCAAGCAGAUGGAGGGGAAUCAGAAGCAGCAGUUGCGGCAGCGUGGCCGCAAAUCGAAACACAGCAACGAUUCCGCUGAUACCGUUGAGCGAUCCACUCCACCGGCUGAUGAACACAAUUUUGUGGCACGCACCUGUCUCAUCUACACUGUGGUCAAUGCGGAUCUGUUGCUGAUGGAGGACUCACAACUGCCAGAUGGGGCACGACAGCUGCUCGACGAUGGCUUUCAACUGAUGUACGUGUAUGCCCAGUUGCAGCAGGAGACUUUGCUGCUGUAUAUCGGCCACCAGCCGGCAAAUGGGCUGCUGCAUGUCUAUCCCGAUUUCUGUUGCAGUGCCAAUGAUAUGGAUUAUGUGCUGGAAAUCGACAACGAUUGCCGCCAACUGUACGCCUAUGGCUUUGAGAAUCUGACGCCACUGAAGAAAGUGGUGGAGUUGGCGGCGCCGUGUAAGCCCCUCCAUGCGGCGGAGCAACCAGAGAUGACGCUGCCCCCGGCCGAUGCCACAUCGCAGCAGAUGUUGGAUCACUUUAGGCAGCAGCGCUUUAGAAGCCUACAGCUACGUCGAUUGCUACAGUUUGUGGCACCACCAAAGCGCAUGCGACGCGUCACCCUGCUGAUGGAGCUGCGCGAGGCGCAACACUUUGAAUAUGCCAAUAUCCAUGUGCGCUACUAUAUGCAUCUGCCGCCGCACACGCUGCUGGAGCCAGCGAAUGGCAGCGAACCGUUCGCAAUGCACGGCACCACCGCCAGCUGUGUGGCAGUUGGUGGUGCCACAAAAGUAGCUCACUUGUCCCACUGCUGGCAGCUGACACUGCUCUGCGAUGAGGAGCUGCUGCAGUUGCAUCAGCAUCUGCACAUCUAUUUCGAGGUGAUCAGCGUCGACAGCUGGCAGCGCGAGCGCUGCGAGGGCUACGCACAUUUCUCCUGCUCGCUGCUGGGCCCGUUGCCACCGGAGGCCAUCAGAGGAUUGCGACUGCAAUGCUCUCGUCCCUUGGGCAACUGGUGGGAUGCACUGAAUCGCUACUUUAUUGGGGGUCGAGUGCUCUUCGACUUCAUUAAAUACUUCGACACGAGGCUUUUGCAUGGCAAGCUUCUUCACAAUCGCUGGGAGGACGAGCCUGCGAAGGCGAUGACCACAACGGGCACAUUGCUAUUCGCUGUGCGAAAGGUGCAGCAGCGAUAUCAUCAGCUCGGCUACUACUUGGACACAGAUGAGAGCGACGAUGAUGACGUCGACGAUGGCAAUGGCAACAAUGUAAAUAGGAAGUCGAGAACGGGAAUGUCCAAAACACUAAACGAGGUCAUCGCUGCAUAUGUGGAGGUGAGGGAUCGCAUUGAGGCGAUGCUCGCAAAUUGAGUCAUUUAAAUUUCAAGGCACCUGCAACUUGACUCAGACUCCAAUUUGUAAGAGGUGCAAUUGCUCCUUUAAGAGAGAACGAGAGAAAGAGAUAAAGUUUCCUACAGGAAAAAUCGACGGAUUCUGCGAAAAAAUACACAAGGAGGACCAAGGAGGACCUUGGCCUGUCAACUCAAA